AUGUCGAACGUCAACCACCCCGCCAACAGAGUCAUCUCGACGAGCGUCGACAUUGCCGCCCCCAUCGAGGUGGUGCGCAGCGUGCUGCUCGAUUUCGCGUCAUACCCGCACUGGUCGAGCUUUGUCACCUCGAUCAGCACCGACAAUCUCGCCGUGGGAGCGAAGCUGAGCGUCCGCAUCGAGCCGCCGGGCGGAUCAGCCAUGACCAUGACACCCACCGUCGUGCUGCUCGACGAUCGGGGACUUGGAUGGCAGGGUCAUCUGGCCAACUGGCCGGGCCUGUUCGAUGGCAGACACCUCUUUUUGUUGCAUCAGGAUGCAGAGGGCACGAGGCUGGAGCAUCGGGAGGAGUUCGGAGGCGUGCUGUACACCCCGCUCAUGGCUUGGUUGGGCAUGGGCGCCAAGACGAAGAACGGAUUCGAGGCGUUCAAUCAGGCCAUCAAGAAGAGGGCCGAGGAGGUGGCAUGCAAGUAA